AGGGAGGAUGCGUCCAGGCAAGACGAGGAGCGGGUGCUGCUAUCUGAGCGUGUCAGCAUCUACAGUUGCCUGCAACACUGAACAGCAAUUCGCCAUUUUCCUCUGUCAAGCUUUACUGAGUUGGUAGAGGGCCUCUUGCUGCUACAGGAUAGUCUUGUCCCUAGAACGAGAAUUUGAGUCUUCUCAGACUUGCGGGUUCUUGGUCAUGCUGAAACGCUCCAUCUCGUUUAGCUUUGAAAGCAGGGAUUGGGAUGAAGGCAUCGAUGACUGUCAAGAUGACAGUUGCAAGAACAAGCCACCCUAUGUACGCACGACAAUUAUUCUCCCCACGGCUGGAGAGAUCUUCGCCAACUAUUUCGGCAAUGGUGACACUUCCUUGCAAACACAUCAGUCGCCAGUCGUCUGCGGGGAAGGAGAUGGGAUUCCUGCAUGCCUCGCCGUUCGCUUCGGGUUGAAGGAAGAUGGAGAGAUGUUCAGGAUUCACGUUGCUCAGAUUCGAAAAGCGAUGGAGCAGGAUCAUCGGCUCGAAGACGUCAUGAACAGGUUAAAAUAAUUGGUCAGCUCAGUACCUCAAACAUACAAUGUAUAUUCUUUCAUUUUUGCAUACAAUGGUGUAAAUACAGUACGAGAAUGUGGUCGUGCAAAAAAGACUAAUCUUCAAAUCAUGCUCAUAUCUGACGUGCCACUGAGAACACAAUAGUAAGGUGUGAAAUAGCUCAGUAAAAAUCUCUAUCCUCA